CUGCCCGCCAACGCUUGGGGUUUUGUCAGUUUGAUUGGAGACGCUGCUUGAGGGAUGGGAGUCUGGUUCAAUUCUCGAUAAUCAAUUUCCACCGUCCAACAUGGCCUCGGCCCUCGCCGCGCAGCUGUCGCAAAUUGCGGCCAAGUCGACCAACCAGUUGAACCUCAAGGCACAGAGAUUAGCGCACUCGCAAUCCCUCAUCUUCGACUGGAAGAUCGCCACAUCCCAGGAUUACGAUACCGUCUACCAAAUAUGCUUCGAGGGCUUCCAGGAGCUAUGCCAACUCGACCCCCGAUUCGCGUCGUUCGAGCGCACGAUCUUCAAUGAACAGAGCAAGUCGGAGGACCGCACGGAGAUGAGUGCGGUGCAGAACAAGGAGCUGGAUACCGUUCUGGAGGCUUUUCUGGCUCUCGUUGGAGGGCACCUACUGCUGAGUCCGGCCGUCAAGGCCGUUGACUGGCUGAUCAGACGCUUCCGGGUGCACGAAUACAACACCGAGUUCACGAUUCUCACAUUCCUGCCUUACUACAACACUCCUCUUUUUCUAAAUCUGAUGUCGAUACUGCCCGAAGACCUAACCGCGACAUUCAAAAUCCUUAACCCAUACAAGAAGGGCAAGAUCAACCCCCCUCGCCAUCCUCUCGUGCACAGUGCUACGACCAACAAGCACUUCCUCACUGCCGUUAACAACUACACCCUGAAAGUUAGUAAGCAGCGGGCACACCACCAUGCGCUCUUGUCGUUCUGGGCGGGUCUCUUCACAGAGGCCGUGGCUGGGAUGCUGGACUCGUCACGUUCGGGCCGACGGGAGGCUGAGAAGGAGAAGCACGAGGAUAUCAUCAUGAAGGCUCUCCCGAUUCUCAACGAUGGAUUGGCGAUGAAGGAUGUCUCCGAGCUGGUUGUUGGCUGCUACAUGGUCUGCGUGGUCCUUGCACAGAAGGCGUCUCUCCAGGACACGCUACUCGAUGGUUUGAUGGAGGCCGUUGCCGGGUCGUGGACGGCAGAGACGGUGGAAUCCGGAUUGAUUUGCCUGUCUGUCCUGGCACAGAAGAAGCCCGAUAUGAGAAUCCCGAAGCGGGCUUUCAAGGCGGUUCUUCGGUUGGAAGACCCCGUGUCGCAGCUGUCGACUAUUGCCGCGCAAUAUCCGACAUCUCACCUCGUUCUCGGCCUGGUGGCUGGAUGCGUGAGCGACAUUUCGAAGCAGAAAGACCUGGCACGCUUGGAAUUGUUGUCUUCUCUAUUCGAGGCUAAGCUCCUGGGUGAGCCCGAGACAGCCCAGGCCAUGGCCAUCACCCUCCAUGCGACCAGCCAUACGGAGGGUGUCCUCUCCUUAGAUGCUCAGACGCACCUUGCGGAACUCGUCCAGCAGUUCACCCAGUCCGAGUCGCUUCGUCCUAUCUUCCAGAAAACGAUCGAAGAAUCGUCCAUCGAUGUCACCGCUUUGGAACACAACCUGCAGACUGUGAUCGAAUCCGUGCCCACGACGCAGGCUAUCGAGGAUGUUGAUAUGGGAGAUGCAGAGAAGGAAGUGGCAGUGGCAGAUAACUUUGCCACUUCCCUGGAGGCACUGGGAGGGAAGAAAUUGGAUACGUCGGCUCUCAGUGCGCAAUCUAUUCCCGCUUUUGAAGCCCUUGUCCAGGUUUUCGCCCUUGCCGUUGGCUCCCAGGAGAAUCUGGAGUCCCUGGUUAAUUUGCCAAUCCUCGGAAAAGCGGAUGCCGUGAAGUUGCCGCAGUACCUGUCCUUCUUUACCCGGAUUUUCACGGGCUCAUACCCCAUCGGCACUAGGGUAACUGCGCUGAACAUGAUCUCGACGUUCCUGAGUUCCGCCUCGGCCGACCUCGAUUUCCAGGCAUUGCUUCCUUUCAUGCUGGUAGGCCUUGCAGACUCUUCGGAGAGGAUUCGACGUGAGGCAGCAGGCGUCCUUGCCGCUAUUGGCGCUCUGUAUAAGAAGAGCAAGAAGGCCGACGCUACGAUUUGGGCUCGCGACACGAUCUACGGAAUGCAGUCCAAGAAUGUCCAGUGGCUGGAUGGCCGCGAUGCGCAGAAGAUCGUCGAGCGCGCUCUGCUUCCUGGCCUGGAGGAGUAUGUCCUCGACCAAGCUUAUAUCGGCCGCGUCGUCGAAGGAGCACUGCGGGGAACUGCUUCUGACUUCGAGUUGAAGAAGCCGCUUCGAUUGAGCCUUUUCACCUUCCUCUGCUCUCACGCCGUCCAGAUGCCCCUCUAUGCCCCUAAACUGAACCUGCUUAAGCUCCUCAACCGCAUUGAUAAGGCUGGCGGCAGCACUCGCACCAAGGAACUCGAGCCAUUCUUGAAGACUUGGCGCGAUAUGAAUGAGCAGAAGGCCAAGGAGGUCUGCGAGCAAGAGCGUGUGUCUGUUGCGGAGGUGGACGAGCAGGCAGCUCUGACUGUUACUCCUAAGGACAAGAACGCUAUCAUCGUGCUGUUGUCCAAUGUGAGCCCGUACUCGGAGUCUCUCCGGCCAUCUUUUGCUGCAGCCGUCUUCAACCGUAUGAAGGCUAUUUGGGCUAAAGUUGAAGAGAACCGCCAGGUCGACGCUUCAGAGAAGCUGUUCGAGAUUUCUCUCGGCGAGGUGGAGUCGCCCCUUGUGAGCGGUUGCAGGGAGGUUCUCCGCAGCGUUGAGCUUACUGGAACGGUUCUUUCCCAAUUCCUUCGCAAAAUCCCUGUCUCGAUUACCGACAUGGAGGCCACCGGACCGGCACCGAAGAGACGGCGCACCAGUCAGAACAACAUGGUCGCCAUGACCAUCAAGGAUGAAGCCAAGCUCAGCAAGCUCAUGGAGAAGAUGACUUUUAUUCUGGAGCUGGUGGAUAGCUCGAACCCAGAGGCCCACCCCCAGUUGGCGGACGGUCUGUUCCUGACGCUGGCUGCCCUUCACCAUUUCAAGACCCAGAUUCAGUCUGGAAUGAGCUACCUUCUCAGCUUGACACUCGGCAGUCUCCUGGCCAUCGUGAACCGUUGCAAGGCAACUGCCAAGCCACAAUUCGACACCUCCGUUAUCCGGGCCGACUUGGUCGUGGACUGUGUCCGUACCACUGACAGCCCUCAGGUGCAGAAUGCGGCCCUUCUUCUGGUGGCUGGAUUGUCUGUCAUCGCUCCGGAGUUGGUCCUCCACAGCGUGAUGCCCAUUUUCACGUUCAUGGGUUCCAGUGUCCUGCGGAAGGACGAUGAGUACUCUGUUUCUGUCAUCGACCAGACGAUCGACCAAGUGGUCCCGGCGCUUAUCCAGUCCCUGCGUAACCAGAAGCGCGAUGUCGUUUCUGGAACUUCGGAGCUGUUGCUCAGCUUCACGGCUGCCUUUGAGCACAUUCCUUCCCACCGCCGUCUGCGCCUGUUCCAUGCCCUGGUCAACAAGCUCGGAACACAGGAGUUCCUGUUCGCUGUUCUGUCCAUGCUCGCUAAUCGGUAUGCCAUGGACAAGGACGUCCUUAUUCUGAUGACCGGAUUGGUUUCUGACGCCAGUUCUCCGGUUGAACUUGUGACAUACGUCAAGUUCCUGGACUUGGUCAUCGACUCACUCAAGACCAGGCCCGGCAUUUCGCAGGUUCUUCUCGGCAUCGGAAGCGAUGAGGGCCGCGAGCCUCAGAAGGUGGCUGUUGACUUGCUCCGGGCACUGGCCUAUCUGUUCAAGCACUCGUCGCUCAAGGCCAAGAUGGCCAAGGACUUUGCCGAGGAUGACGAAGAAGUUGUUGGGAACAUCCGCGCGUACUUCUCUCGGAUCUUGGAGCAGGUUCUCGCAAUUGGCGAGUCCAUGCACAACGUCAAGCCCGUCAGCCAGGCCAGCGGUGAUGUUCUCAGCGCACUGUUCAGUACUCUGUCACUUGUGGACUUCCUCGACACCAUCGAGGUUCUGCUGCAGCGACGCAACAACGACCUCCGGCGCAAGGUUCUCCGCCUGCUGGAAGGCCGCCUGCGUCAGAACCCCGAGGGUGACGGUGUCUCGCAACACCGCAUGCUUGACUUCCUGCCUACGCUGGUCAACAUUGUCCAGUCUUCGCCAGACAUUCUGCUCAAGCACGCCGCGGUCGCGUGCAUUGAUCGCAUAGCUGAGAAGUAUGGUCGGAAGGACCCGUCCAAGGUUAUCCACGCUGCCCAGGUGGUCGCUAGUGAAGCCUGCAUCGGCCAGAAGGACGAACGUAUCCGCAUCAUGGGUGUGUUGGCCCUUGCUUCCAUGGCUGAGGUGCUCGGCGAGGCCAUGAUCCCGGCGCUGCCUGAUGCGCUCAGCCGUUCGUUGGCGUUGCUAGAGCAGAGUCUGGAAGAGGGCAAGGAGAACGCUCGGAUGCACGAUGCUGUGUUCUCGUUCUUCUCCGCUCUUUUCGUCCACAUCCCCUUCAUGGUUGCCGGGUCUCAUCUGGACAAGAUUCUCCUUCUCUCCUACAAGUCUACUGUCUCUGAGGGUGUCGAGGAUGACAGCCGCGAGGAAGCGCUCCGCCUCAUGGCUCGCAAGGUCGACAUGGCCGAAACAUUCGCUGCCAUCGACCGUAACUGGCAGCAUGCGGUGGCCUCCGGCCCUGACGCCACGAGGGAAACACUGGGGGUCAUCAGCCUCGCGAUCGAGAAGCACCCCAAGUCCGCUACCGUCGCCAACCUGCCCGUCCUUUCCAGCGUUCUGUUCAAGGCGUUCGACCUGCGCCGCGAACAGGUGUCACUGGGCGAGAACGCCACAUUCGACUCGUCUGACGUGGAGGAGAUCGAGGAUAUUAUCAACGAGGUAACGAUCAAGAUGAUCUACAAGCUGAACGACACGACAUUCCGGCCCAUCUUCAUCAAGCUCUUUGACUGGGCCACCUCCACGACCCAGAAGAAGGACGUGCGCGGCAGCGUGGCCCGUCUUACCACAUUCUACCGGUUCCUGCAGGUCUUCUUCGGCACCCUCCAGUCCAUCGUCACCGGCUACGCCAGCUACAUCAUCGAGAACGUGGUCAAGGUCCUCAGCAAAGCCAGCCCGGCGAACCAAGACACUAAGAGUCUAUGGUUGGCGACGAUGCGCAUGCUCCGGAAUGCCUUCGAGCACGACCAAGACGAAUUCUGGCAAUCCCCUUCCCACCUCACCGUGAUCGCCCAACCCCUGAUCUCGCAACUUGCGCAUGCCAAGAACUCCACCACGGCGACGCUCGUCGUCGCGGAGGCCGUCCCCGCGCUAACGGAGCUCGCCGUCGCAGCGGACUCCACAGACAACCACAAGGAACUCAACACCGUGCUGAUGCGGCUGCUGCGGCCGUCCGCCGGGCCGACCGGCCAGCCCGCCGGCGGCGAGAACCCGCACACGCGCGUCGCGGCGCUCAAGGCCCAGCAGUCGCUCACGGAGCAGCUGGGCGAGGAGUGGCUGGCCUUGUUGCCCGAGAUGCUGCCGUACAUUAGCGAGUUGAUGGAGGAUGAGGAUGAGAAUGUGGAGCGCGAGGUGCGCAAGUGGGUGAAGCAGAUUGAGGAUGUUUUGGGGGAGAGGCUGGAUGAUAUGUUGACUUAGAGGGGGUGAAAUGGGUGUGAGUUGGUGAGUGAGGAUAGAGUGAGCAUUUUGAUGCCGGGCGUGGCGUAUUUGGGUGCUUGCUUGCUUGCUUGUAUAUAUACAUAUUAUUAUUAAAAGUUACAGGAUCGUCGCGUGUGGUUGUGAUUGUGAUUGAGGUUGUGAUUGUGAUUGUGGUUGUGGUUGUGGUUGUGAUUGUGGUUGUGAUUGUGAUUGUGAUCAUAUACCUGUUCCGUUAGACAAAUGAAGCAUUUUC